ACUUUUUCCCAUUUCUCAUUUUGGUUUCAAAAUCUAAACUUGGCCUUGCAAAAAUUGUUUUCCCUGAAUACAAAAGAAUUUAAAUUUCUGGAACUUUUUCGCGUGCGCUUUCCUUUUUUUCUGUGUUUAAUAAGAACAUUUACAAAAUGGCUACCCCAGGUGCGGUUUCCAAUAGUCCACGUCCGCAGGAGGAUCUGGGCACUGGCCAGAUGCUGCAGGAACUGAAGAACCUUGUGCUGUGGCGAAACUUUUCCCGUACAAUGUUGGUUUUUACGAGCAUUCUGAUCCUGUUGGUGGACAUUAUGCAACAUUCGGCCAUCAGUGUGGUGAGCAUGCUGGGCAUUGCCGUGAUCCUUGUCGCCUUGGGAUAUCGCUUCUUCGUUGAGGUCAUGGAGUUGUGGAACAGAAGAAACAACGAGGAGGAAUACUAUUCUUAUCGUUUCAAUGUGUUGAUGACCUGCAACAUACCCCAAGAGGAGGUCAUGCAUCUGACAGGCGUGGCUGUCGUCAAGUUGAAUGCAUUCGUUAACAAAAUGAUUGAGCUGCUCCUUGUGAAGGAUCUGCACGAAUCGCUGAAGCUGCUGGCCAUUCUCUGUUUUAUCAAUAUGAUGGGGGACUACAUCAAUGUCAUGACUCUGCUGCUGUUCGGUCAUGUUUUGCUGUUUACUUUGCCAUAUUUGUACGAGUUAAAGAAGACAGCCUUUAAUGCGUUGCUGAUCAAAAUGGGAGUUGUUAAGAUCCAAGAAGAGCAACAAGAGACAGUCGAUGCAGUACUUGAGGAGGAGGAGGCUGAACAACCGAUUUGUGAGUCCGAACCCUUGGCCGAAGAUGCUGCACCCCCAAGUCGUGAACCCAACGUGGAAGAUCCCAAAGAAGAACCUCUUAAGGAACUAAAUCGAGUUGCAAAUUUUGAAGGUUUUUCAAAGAAGAAAAAACAGGACUUGAAGUUCUUGGCAAUGUUUGAAGAGGUGCAUGACCCAGACUGCAGCUGUGCUGAAUGUGACCUGCUCGAUGUGACACUGGUGCCCAAGCACCAAGAAAAAUCCUUCAAGGCACAGAACAAAGAACAGAAAAUAAACUACUUGGAGGCGAUUGAGGAACAGGAGGACACUGUGACACUGGUGCCCCCAAAAAUGUAGUUUUCAAUUGCUGUAUUGA